CCUACAUAUAGGGUUUACUCUCUGCCUCACCAGUAUCCCUGCACUUCUCCGCACUUCAACCUCAGCGCAGACUGUAACCACUGCGACGUCAGCCCCGGGGGCUUUAUCGCUACCUAGCGCUUGCACGACAUGCACAUUCGACUUGUAUUUCGUAUCAACGGCUCCAAGCGCUUUGACCCUUGCGUAUCGCCGACAGUCACGAGAGCACAAGUACGAAAUGUCUGAAUCUACAGGCGGGCGGAAGAGGCCUGCCCCACCGCGGUCUCGAGGUAAAAGUCCUCCGAUCCAACGGAGGCGUCAAUCCGAGCAAUUUUCCGCAGCAGACAGGUACAGACAAAGAAGCGUUGGCGAUGCAUUUCAUGACCAUGAUAGAUCUCAGAGUGCCGCAAAUCCUCGGAGACGUGAUACAGACCAUAGCCCCAUGGUCGUCACGCCAUCAACAGAGAGUCACAGUGGGUCUACAACACCAGUGCAAGUCGCUCCUACUGUACCUUAUAUGCUGCCAUUGGCACAGAAGCCGAUUCCCAGAAAGAGUUCACCGAUGGACACUUUGAAGGCUUUGCGGUCGCAGAAGGCGUUACGUGCUGCGAGCAAGCCAGAAAAGACAAACAGCUCGACCACAGAAGUCAAGGCACUAAAUGCGAAGCUAAUUGCUGCAGAAAUAACAAGCACAAAGCUCAUGUCUGACCUCAAGCAAUUAAGUAUUCGCGUCGAAACUUUAGUCCAGCAACAGCAACAAGCAGCGGCAACAAGUAGCAUGUUGACAGAUUUUGCGAACCGACUCAGUGCGCUCGAAAAUGCAAAGUCAGCAGUCAAAACAAGUGACUUUGUCCAACUACAGGUGGACGUACAAGCCACAAAGGAUGACUUUAACAACUUACAAACUACUGUUGCGCAAGAUCGCAAGGAUGUGGGCGAGCAACUCCGUCAACUCCAGAGCGAAUCAUCAAUCUCAGUUAGCGGACAGUCCAAAUCCCAAGAGGCUUUACAGAGGGAGCACAAUAAGCUCAGUCAAGCCAAUCUUUUUAACGAACAUAGCACACUCGCUAAACAGGUCAAUGAGCUACGCAUUGAGCAAGAAAUGUGGGCCAAACAACAGCAGACACUCCAAGAUGAGUGCAUAGGGCUAUCAGAUGAAAGAAAAGCAUUCAGGGAAGACCUUCAGAGCCUUAAGUCUCAAACAAAGAAUGCGGAAAACCUUGGACCUCGGAUUGAGAACUCCAUAACGGAGCAGGCGAAGAUCAGCAAUCGGGUCACGCAGCUGGAGACGGCUCAAAACCUCGCUGCAAAUUCAUAUCAGAACGUUGGCAGUAGUCGGAUCAACGACAAUCACAUAGCUCCCAGCUCAAGCGAAAUGGAAGAUGUGCAAAAGAGACUACGCUCAGUCGAAGACCGUAUUGGAGGAGAUGGUGGGCUCAGCGACGUCGUUAGGGAACAUCAGGAUGUUAUUGAGGAAAUGGACAAGAAUUUGCACCGUCUCGGAAACGACAUUGCAUCCAUCUCGGAGGAUUCCCGCACCAUUUUCGAUGAGGUUUUUGAUCCAUUCAAAGCAUCCGUGCAUGAGCAGCUUAGUGUCAUGCAGGACCUGCAGGACUCUAUCAAAGCAGAGGUGAAGCAGCACAGUGCGGCAGCAAUUGUGGAGUUAAGAGAACAAGUGGCGAAAAAGCAGGAUAUCGUAACCGGAACUCAAGCAAUCGACACCGUGAAAGCUGCUGUGCGAACCCUGCAGAGCCAAUACGACAAUAUAUCUACUGAAGAUCUCCAUCAGAAGAUGGUCCAUUGGUUCAUGCAACAUCAUCCUCCAGCAAACUUGCUCCAGCAAUUCGCAGCCGUACAGCAUGAGGUCGCACAAUUGCGGGGCUUCACAGACAUCACCACCCGAGUCCCAAAUGCUGUACAGACACUUGGUGCACUUGCGCAAAUGGGCCCGCAGAUCACGGCCCUUGUCCGAUCUCCACCGAAUUCCGGAACAUCAGCAGAGUUGAAUGCAGUCAAGGAGUUAGUGACUGGAGUGCGCACGUCUUUGACACAGUCAGUCGAUGAACUACGGGCUGAACUUAACACUAAGCUCAAGACGGAACACGAUGCGCGCACCAAACUUAUGAACGAGGCGAGUUGGGAGCAUGAUGAACGGCUCCGUGCUGAGGGACUCAUCGAGGCAUCACUCAAGAACUUGACUACGGCAGUCGACAAAAUCCCCGGAGAGUAUGCCGUAGCAAGGAAAGACAUUGAAGCCACUAGCGAUCGAUUAGGCAAGCUUGUCACCAGCGAGAUCAAGAGUGUUACCGAUCAGGUGCAAGAACUUCAAACGACUAUGAAUGGAAUUCGUCCAGAUUUCGACCAGAUGAUUGCUGCCUUCCGAGAUCCUGUCAACAGAGAACUCCUCGCCAUCCUACCUACACUCUUCGAGCACACUGGUCAAAUAACAUGGGUCGUCAAGACAUUGAACCAGAAUUUGCCGAAAGGCCCACUGCGGAUCCUGUGGUCUUGCGACUGGGAAAAAUUGUUUGAAGGAAUCCAACAACCUUUUCCUAGUGGCAAUGGCGAAGCUACGGGCAAUAGAGGUUUUCGACGAGCGUAAGCAGAGACUGUAGAUAUGCAGAGUCUUUUUCAUGUAAAGCUUCUGCAGUACUGUUCUUGUGUUGAUACCGACGUAUACCCCAUAGUACGAAGUAUACAUGUUGUUCUUCUUGUUUUGUGGUAGGAUGGUUUGUAGCAAAACUUGGGUACCUCUGGCUGAUCAUGGGAUGGAAAACCACGACACUUGGAAGAUGUUGCACACACAUCCUGUGAUAGCGACUCUUUACAGCAAAUUCAAUGUAUAUCGGUAGUGAGAUGAAGCUAGAGCUGGUUACCUUCCAGGAUAAAAUGAACUAUUUGGUUUGAUCG